AUAGGAAAAUUGAGCCGUGGAUGGUCGGGGAUGGACUUGUUGCUCGCAGCCACGGCGAACCAACGCCUUCAGGACCUCCCACCGGUAGUUCUGGUCUCCAAUUCGCAGUAGUCGCUCACAACGAGCGUCAGCUCGCGAUAUACGACUUUUCAGCACCAAUAACUUACACCUGACACGAGCAUUAUGGCAACCGAUUUUCGUCAACGUUCUGCAAUUGCUUGGCUUUUCUUUAUACAAUAUAUCUCGACAGCUUACGCCCAGAACCUCCCCUCCACAUUCCCAGUUCCACCACUACAAUGGCUCAAUAUUACCGGUAGCAUACAGGGUGCAACACCGGCUGCCGUCAAAUAUCCAUCCAUCGGUUACGAUCCAACGACGAAUAACCUUAUCAUUUUCGGUGGUGAAUCAUCUAGUGGUAUCCCAACAGACCAGACCUACCUCUUAAACCUCAGCUCCCUUACAUGGAGUAUUCCUCAGCCUCAGGCGGGUCUACCACAAGGUUCACCCCCAGCCAGGUACAUGGCUGUCAGUGGUGAAGACUUCUCCUCCAGUUAUCGGCAUGCUCACUUGGUGAUGGGUGGAAGGGAGAUCUCUGGACAAGCUUUAUCCGAUGUAUGGGAGUUUGAUUUUUUAAACCAAUUCUGGUCCCAAGUCACUGUGACGACAAACAGUCCACCAGCACGUUGGGGUGCCUCUGGUGGCCGAGAUGAUACAGUAGCGCCCAAUGCUACCACAACAAGCAACACAUUUUACAUGUCCGGUGGCACCGAUGGUACAAACAUGUAUCCUUUAUCAGAUGUCUGGGAUUUCACCAUCUCCGGGACGUUAUCCUCUAAUUUGGCGACUAAUUACACAAAUGGUGCUUGGAGUCAGCAAACCGUUGGCAGUACAGGCUACAGCGUCAACCAGGCUUCCACAGUCGUUCAAACCAGCCUCAUCUCUGUGAGCGGCUGUAAUACGACUGAUAAUUCGAAUGACUCGUGCGCCGAGGGUAACUCGUAUGUCCUGGAAGUAGGAUCAAACAUGGAAAUCAAUCCUCCUUCGUGUCCCGCUCCACGAUACGGAGGUUCGCUGGUUCCAAACUUGAAUUCUUUCUCUUCUAGUUAUGCGAAUCAAGUGUUCCUUGUUCUUGGGACUUUCAACUCCUCAUUGUGGGACGACCAAGGUGGGCUGCAGAAGGGUGAGGUAGCAGUUCUGGACAUUGGAUCAGGCGAUUGGAGCAGAGUCCUUCCGGCCGGUGAUCCAGGCCAGGAUGGCAUUCAGACGUAUCCCACACCUCGGGAAGGCGCCGUUGCCCUCUCUUACUCUCAGGCGCUCGUCGGUUCGAAUAAAAGUGUGGCAUCCGACACCAUUGUCUUCGGAGGUCAGGAUGAAUCCGGUGAAUACCUCACUGAAGUUUGGAUCUUGAGGGCGUACGAUGGAUCUAUUUCGUCCUCAGGCGGCAACUGGGGAGCUCCAUCUGGUACUCUUCAGACGGGCAUCAACGCCAAUGGUGCUGAUGUUACCAUUCAAUACCUAACUCAAUGUGCGGUACAGCUCACGUCUCCUGGUUCUACUACGCCACCUGGUUCCUCGGCUACACCAACCAGUGGUUCUCAGUCAUACCAGUCGUACAAUGUCUCUUUCGCCCACAAACUACUGGCACCCCUUUCUCUCGCAAUUCUUCUUCCAUCCCUCUUACUUUUACGCCUAGCUCUGCCUCCAGCACAAACGCAUCGUCCCACGGAUCGUAAUCUUACUCUCUUUUAUCUAUCAGCUAUUGUAGCUCUUGCCGCAUAUGGUGCUGGUGUUGGCGGUCUUGUCUCGUCGUUCACAUCAAUGAGCUCCACAGGGACCACAAUGAAGCGCUCUAUUCUACCGACUAGGCAUGGAGUCGCAGGGCUCGCAUUGUUCAUCGCACUCUAUGUGAUGAUGCCCUUUUUAUAUCUCUUUCAUCUGUGCUGCUCGCCACCGCAGCCACCAAAAGAGCUUGCAGCAUACACUACCACGCAGCACUCACAGUAUCCCCCUUCCCAACAUUCUCCUCGCACCCGUCUACAUUCCUGGGGUGGUUCGAGCUUCUUUCUGGGCCGCAGGAGUCGGGAAGGAAGAACCUCUACUGACAGCGAGUCCAUGCACUCGUCUGGGCCGCAACGAGCGUUUGAAGUUGUCAAUCGCCCAGCGCGUAUUCGUAGAUCCAGCGCAAAUGGGCUUGCGUAUCCAAAUACAGAUGUGUAUCAACGCGUGCCUGUUGCACCAAGGAGUCUGGGUGACGUAGACUGGCUUGAUCGACGCCGCAGUCUGAACGCAGUGAACGAACUCGAUCUUGUUUCUGGCCAAGGUCAACGCAACCUCAUCAACAGCUCUACUCCCAACACAGCUGAGAUGUUGAGCACCCGUGCUCUCAUGCCUACGCCAACAUUCCCCCGCGUUACUCACGAGCUGCCUUCGUUGUUUGAGAUAUGCCUUCGUGUCCUCUUCCAUACUCUCGUUUUAGCUCUUUGCAUUCUUUCCCUCGUCGCGUUGUGGAAUUGGGCUCAUGUAGCACUCUUCGCAGUAUUUCUUCUGUGGACUUUUAUCUUCUAUAUUUGCCUUCUCACUCUCGCAUGGCAUGGUCGACCAAGGAGGUCCACACUUACUUACCUAAUCGCCCGGUUUCGCGCGGAGCCUCCGCCGGUUGUUUCUCCCGGGACUCCGACCUCCCGUCCGUUGUCAGUGGUGGGCAACGAACAAUAUCCUUUUCCCACCGAUGCUCGUGGCCCAUACCUCCAUGAACCUCCUUAUCGCGCUGCCAGGGCUCAUGAUGAUGUGUCCACAACUAUCGGCGGGCCUCGCUCAGUCGAGACAGAUUACGAUGAGGAGGAUCUAGAUGAAGAGACCAGACAGCGGCGGAUAGAAGAAGAGAUGGGUAGACGAGAAGUGUCUAUCGUCACAGUCCCCAAGCGCAGGCUAUGGAUAACGAACCCCUCAUGAGCUUGUUGAUCAACUAUUCCAUAGGCACUCAUUCUAUCUGUUAUUUGCGUUUCAUGGUACUAUGUACUCAUCGGCGCCUUCCUUCCCUAUGCCAUCGUACCAUAGCUGCAUAUUCCUUAAUCGAUACCACCAUUCAAGGAUUUGUUCAAUGCUCCACGGUAUUUCUCACGUAGAUCUA